AUGGCCCAGGGCACGGGCCUUGGUAGAGUCAUGCCACUCUCUGAGCAGGCUCAGAGAGUAUGGGUCGGGAGAUGGGGUCGAUCUAUGUGUCCCUACAGCGCUGUGCGGGCUUUGGGUACGUCUGCUACACUGUGGUCUACGAUCGUCCGACGCUUCUUUCUAUCUCCGUUGAGAAAGAUACCAGGGUCCAAACUCGCCGCCCUGACGGACAUCUGGCUCAUCUGGAACACCAUACAGUCCCGAAGCGCGGCGGCGAUCAACGAAGCGUUCAACGAGUACGGCCCCAUCGUGCGCAUAGGCCCGAACGCCGUCGCGGUGCGCGGUCCCAAAGACCUGAAAGAGAUCUACACGACGCACAAGUAUCGCAAGGACGCGCGCGUCACUCGCGCCCGCCUGCACGACCUCCAGAACAUCACAUCCGUGACAGAACCCGCCGCCCAUGGCCGGAUGCGCCGCCUGACCAACCCGCUCUUCGCAAGCGACAGCCUCCGAUCGCUCGAGCAGCCCCUGGUGACGACGCUCGAAAAGCUGUUCGGCGUGCUCGACGACAGCAUAUCCCGCGGCCGCGCGCUGGAUAUGUGGCCCGUCAACCGCCACUUCGCGUUCGACAUAUUGGGAGAGGCCGCCUUCGGGAGGGACUUUGGCGCGCUUGCCUCCGGCAAGAACCCGCAGUUUAUGGUCGACAUGGACCUGGCCGUGACGGCGAUCGCGAUGAAGAUGUCGGUUCCUCCGUGGGUGUACGCGGCGCUGCGAAAAGUCCCCGUGCACUCGUUGCGGAACAUCGUCCAGGCGGAGGAGCGCCUGUUGGAGUUUGGUCAAAACCUGAUAAGGGAGUACGAGAAGGGAGGUGGCGGAAGCGGCGAAGAGAAGGGGCGCUACAACAUGAUCGCCCACUUGUAUGAUUCUACGGACCCGGUGACCGGAACGAGUAUGUCCGAAGAGAUGCUCGUGUCCAUGUGUGUCACAUACAUCAUCGCCGGCACAGACACCACCGGGACCACCCUGUCGUGGCUGAUGUGGGCGCUUGCGAGCCACCCGCACGUCUACGACACGCUCCGCGCCGAGCUCAUCGCAGCCUUUCCCGAUCCCGGCGCGUUCCCCGACCUGGCGUCGCUCCGGAAACUGCCCUACCUGACCGCCGUCAUCAAAGAAGCGCUGCGGCGCUACCCGGCGACGCCGAUCUACCUGCCCCGCGUCGUCCCCGAAGGCGGCGCGGUGCACCAAGGGCACUAUCUGCCCGCCGGGACGGCCCAACAUGACGAAGACCGUGAAAAUCGUCCUCCAACCGAGCUUCCAGCUUCACGCACUUCCUCCUCCGAUACAGCAGCAGUCGCACAACGGCCAAAGCCUCGUGCAACGUCGACGAAGCGCAAGAAGACGCAGCCAGCGGCCGCAGUUCAAUCCGAGGCUUCCGAAGGUCAGGCGCCGGAAGCUGCUUUACGCCGCAAGCGAACGUCGACGAGGGCUGCGGGCAAGCAGCCUGCAACCCGUGCAGGCACUGCAGCUGUGAGAGCUGAAUGA